AUGUUUUUCGUCAGAAAAAAAAAGUCAUUCCAGAGAGUCUCUGGAGUGGUAGCAAUGAGGACGGACGGAAGAACGGCAGCCACUAGUGGUUGGCUGAAGAAGCCGAAAUCAAAUCGUGUGCUCGUCGAGAGCUCUGAUAGCCCUCCUCGUCGUGCUCGUCUCGAGGCCGACGAGAAACGAACGCAAGAAAACAUGCGCCGCCGGGGACUCGGUCAUAAAAAUGCAACGAAAAUGAGCUGA